UGGUUCGUGGUGUGAGAAUCUUUUGGUGUUUUGAGGUUUGGGGAUUGAAUCGGAGUUGGGAAUGAUUUAGGGAUUCGAAAAUAUUAUUUUUUUUUCUUUCUGGGGGAGAAAGUUCAGGGGUUAUUGAGAUGGAGAAUUCGAAUUUAUCGAGGAAUAGGCAUGGGGAGCAUCUGGGUGUCAACAAAAUGGGGAAGAACAUCAAGAAGAGUCCUUUGCAUCAACCUAAUUUCGCAAACGCAAAGCCACAGCCACAACCUCAAGUUUACAACAUAAGCAAGAACGAUUUCCGGAGCAUCGUUCAACAGUUGACUGGCUCUCCUUCACAAGACCCUUCACCACGACUGCCGAAUCCGUCUAAACCUCCAAGUAUGAGGUUGCAGAAGAUCCGUCCUCCUCCGUUGACGCCAAUCUACCGACCCCCGAUUCCUCCUGCACCUGCUCCUUUUAACAACAGUUUUGUUAGACCUGGUCAGAUUGGUCAACCAUCGGUGUCUCCAAUGCCGACACUGGCCCCUGGUGACCAAGUUUGGGCCGCAAACACAGCUGAGUCCCCAAUCUCGGCUUACAUGAGAUACCUUCAGAAUUCUAUCAUCGACUCAAGUCCAAGGCAAACACAACAACUUCAGCCUCAACUUCAAGCUCAUCCAGCUCAAGCCCAAGCUCAAGCUCAAGCUCAAGCUCAAGCUCAAGCUCACGCUCAAGCUCAUGCUCAAGCUCAAGCUCAAGCUCAACCUCGGUUACAGGGUCAAGUGCCAAUUCAGCCAUCAUCCUCGGGUUUACUUCCGACACCGCCGACUUACCCAUAUCCGGGAGCUCCUGCUUUCCCUUCUCCACGAGGGAAUGCCGCUGCACUUUUGCCUUCUCCUACUUCUCAGUUCCUCUUGCCGUCUCCAAGCUUUUUUUCGAAUCUGUUGUCUCCUAGGUCUCCUCGGUCUCCUUAUCCUUUGAUUUCGCCUACUUUUCAGUACCCUCCACCUCUGACUCCUAAUUUUGCAUACACUCCCACUUCGCAGUCAGGGAUUUUGGGUCCUGGGCCACAACCUCCGCUCUCUCCUGGCAUUUUUUUCCCAUCCUCCCCUUCUGGGUUUUUCCCCUUCCCAAGUCCUAGAUGGAGAGAUCAAUAAAAUCCCUGACAGGCACUUGUUCAUCAUUUAUUCCGAAGUGCCAUGGUUGACAGUGUCGGGAGGAUUUUUAUUUGC